UUUGGCCAGCAUGAAGCUCUGGAGGCUCUACACGGGCUGCUGCCUCAAGCCCCAGAAGCUUUGUCCUCGAGGAAACUGCUUUGGUUGUUUUAGAGUGUUAUUAGGGAUUUUCACAGAUGCCUGCGUAGCUCCUGUUAUGUGGCUGUCUGUUGCCCUGCUCAAUGGCAUUUUCUACGAGUGUGCCAUCAGUGGCAUGAAUGAUAAGCGGGUGGUGGAUCUCUUUUGUAAAAACAAGACCUUGACAUGUCAGGAGGAGCUUGCACGAGUGCCCUGCAGUCGGUCCAAACUGUCCAGCAGUGAGCAGGUGGAGCUGCUGCUGAUGUUCAGGGCUCAGUCUCAGAUCUUGGGUUGGAGUAUCAUCAUCACAGCUGCCUUUGUCACCCUGGUUGGUGCCUGCUACAAAAACUGUCGCUCUGAAGUCAGUUACCUGCAGCUCACUUUCUGGAGGCGCUACCUAGAGAAAGAGAAGCAGCACUUUGAUGAGUUAACUGCAGAGUAUGCCAACAAGCUGGCUAAGAGAAACCUGCAGAGCUUCUUUGAUCGGAAAAAGCCAGAGGCUAUGAAUCUUCCAGAUUAUAAGGCAUGGGAGGAGAUCUCUGCAUACUACAAUUUCUCCAAGAAAGAAGAGUGUUACAGCAUCCUGCAGCACUACGUGGAGAAGGGAGACAAGGAGUUCACACCUGAGAUGAGGCCUGUGUUGGACAUAGAGAAUGAAACCGAGAUGAGUUAAAGUACACUUUGUCAGACUGACAACAACCCUUAACAGACAAUGCUCCAAUCAGCACUGAAUGUAGAAAGAUUCUGGACAGUUGUCCUGGAACAGAAAUUACAUUUGUGCUUAAGGAAUGAGAAUACAUUCAGUCAUUUUUGUUUUUGUUCUGCUCAAUCUGUGGUGCUCCUGAAAGUGUAAUAAAAACAACUAGACUGCACAAUGAA